AUGUCUAAUGUCGAGAACAAGUGCUCUGGGGCCGAUUGCGACAAUGAAGCUGGGACCUUGCAAUGCCCAACUUGUCUGAAGCUGAGCGUCAAGAGCAGUUACUUCUGCUCUCAAGACUGCUUCAAGAGGAACUGGGCAGCAAGCGGACCUUAUAACCCAUUUCCCACAUACCCAUACACGGGCUCCGUUAGACCCGUAUACCCACUUUCCCCGCGACGGCCUGUACCCAAAUCGAUCAAGCAUCCCGACUGGGCCGAGACUGGCAUCCCGAAGCGUGAGAUGCGCUUGAGCAAGUCAAAGUGGGACAUCUUAGAUGCAACGGGCCAGGAGGCCAUGCGCAAGGUGUGCAGAUUGGCUCGAGAGGUACUCGACAUAACCGCUGCGGCGAUGAAGCCCGGUGUGACUACAGAUUAUCUGGAUGAAAUCUGCCACAACGCUUGCGUUGAGCGAGAGUCAUAUCCUUCCCCACUCAAUUACAACCACUUUCCUAAGUCAUUGUGUACCUCUCCGAAUGAGGUUGUAUGCCACGGCAUCCCCGACCAGCGAGUUCUUCUUGAUGGUGACAUCCUCAACCUCGAUAUUUCUUUGUACCACGGCGGAUAUCACGCCGACCUGAACGAGACCUACUACAUUGGUGACAAGGCCAAAGCCGACCCGGACUCCAUCAGACUCAUUGAAACGACACGGCAGGCUUUGGACAUGGCUAUCGAGAUAAUCAAGCCAGGUGUACCGAUUCGAGAAUUUGGCAAGAUUAUUGAGAAGCACGCAGCCUCCAGGGGCCUUGGCGUCAUGAAGACCUGGGGCGGUCAUGGUAUUAACUCGGAAUUCCACCCUCCUCCUUGGAUCCCCCACUACGCGAAGAACAAGGCUGUGGGAACAUGUAAAGCUGGGAUGACAUUCACGAUUGAACCGAUCCUGGCUUUGGGUAGGAACCGAGAGGUUUACUGGCCAGAUGACUGGACAAAUGUCACAGUGGACGGCAAACGGACAGCACAAUUCGAACACACUGUGCUUGUCACAGAAACAGGUGUGGAGGUUUUGACGGGGAGACUGAAGAACUCUCCAGGAGGGCCAAUCCCGAUACCCGAGAUUGCAAACGAAGAUACGAAUGGAGAAGCGAAAGAAUAA